UCCUACAGGGCGACGCUGGCGAUUCUCAAGCUCCUUCGCGCUUCGCUUUUGGCCAUCAAUGGAGCUUUGUAGCAUAAACUUCCGAACUAUCCUCCAUUCCAGCCCAUCUCCACGUCGUCUCUCUUCCUUUUCUUCUCCUUCUUUUUCUCUUCAAAAUUCUUCAUUCAAGUCUAAGCCCAGAGCCUUCAAUACUUUGAGGCAUUCAUCUCUAACCCCCCAAAUUCAACUCUUCCAGCUCGGCUUAGAUCGUCAGAACUCAUGUUUCCAUCCAGUUUCAGCUUCUUCUUCUUCCUCCUCCUCCUCUUCCGUCACUGCUGACAGUGAAAUAGACCGGCUUCCCGCAGAUUUGAAUGUCACCGAAACUCAAGAACCCAAUUCCAGAGUUAAAUUGCAGGUUGAAGUUCCACCUUUGGUCUGUGAGGAUUGUUACAAAAUGGUCAUUGCUGAGUUUACUAAACAGGCGAAGGUCCCUGGCUUUCGCCCUGGCAAGGUUCCUGAGAGCAUUCUCGUUAAUUAUGUUGGAAAGAAAAAUGUUCAGAAGGCUACAGUUGAAUCCAUUUUGAGGAGGACACUUUCACAUGCCAUGUUGAAGGUCACUGGAAAGGCUUUGCAGGACUCAAUACGUAUAGUAACUAAAUUUUCUGAGUUGGAGGAGACAUAUUCUUCUCUCGGGUCUCUAAGAUAUGAUGUUGUAGUUGAUGUUGUGCCUGAAAUAAAAUGGAUUACUGAAGACGCAUAUAAAAAUAUGAAGAUAGUUGUUGAAGUAGAUAGUGAUAUAGAUGCUCACAAAGCAUCUGAACGAGAAUUAAGAAGGCGUCACAAGUCCAUUGGUCCACUGAAAAUUAUUACUGAGAGAGGGCUACAGAUUGGUGACGUUACUGUCCUUGAUAUCUCUGCAACGACAAUUGAUCAGGAUGAAACAAAAAUAAAAAAUAUUCCAUCUGCGGAAAGUAAAGGGUUUCAUUUUGAUACGGAUGAUGGUGACAAAGUACUUCCAGGUUUCGUUGAUUCUAUUAUUGGGAUUCGUCCAGGUGAAACAAAGUCAUUUCCUCUGGUAUUUCCUGAAUCAUGGAAGCAAGAAAAUCUCCGUGGCCUUCAUGCUCAAUUUACUGUUACAUGCAAAGAACUUUUUUACAGGGAUUUGCCUGAGUUAAAUGAUUCUAUUGCGGAUAAGCUUCUUCCUGGACACACCACGGUGGAGCAGGUCAAAGAAAUAUUGUUACAGAGAUUUCUAGAGGUGGAGCAGACAGCUCGAGAACAAGCAACUGAUAAUGCUAUCUUAGAUCAGCUUUCUAAGAUGGUAGAAGUUGAUAUCCCUCAAUCCUUGUUUGAGGAACAAGGUAGACAACUUUAUGGUGCUAACCUAUUAGAAAUUCAGGCAAAAGUAAAACUAACUGAGCAGCAGUUGGCUUCUCUGUCAAGUCCAAAGGCCGUGAAUGAAUAUCUUGAACACCAAAGAGAUAAUAUAACGAGGUUAAUAAAGCAGAACCUUGCAGUUGGAGAUAUAUAUCGGCGUGAAAAUUUGCAGUUUGCUACCGAGGAUCUUGUCAAAGAGGUUGAAAAUUCCAUAGCUGAAUUUAAACGUCAAAAGCAAGAAUAUGAUGAAGAACGGGUGAAGGACCAGGUGCAAGAGAUACUAGAAGGAGCUAAAGUGCUUGAAUGGUUGAAAGAACAUGCAGAGAUUCAGUACAUAACGCGAUGAGGCGUGAUGCAUUAUAUGAGAAAAGAAUAUUAAGUUAAAUUUGGUUGCUGUCAUUUAGUUGUAUAAAUUAAAAUGUUCUUGAUUGUGUUUUUGGACAGGAAAUGUAGAAUAUUGUUACAUAUUACAUUUUUGUAUUAUAUUUCGGCGUCUAUAAUAAUCUAUUAAUAGGCUAAGCUUCUCUUGGCAGGGAAAGCCAAGUCUAAAACCAGAAGUUUGGCAUUUAAGUACUGAAAA